UAGGCCUAUAAGCAUUUCAGAUAGGCCUCAUAUUCUUUCAAAUCGAAAUAUUUAGCUUCACGUUGGUCGUGUGUCCCGGUCCCGUCAUAUCCGCCUUGCGGACUGCUAGAUAGGAUGUUAUUUAUAUUGAUGUCAAAAAAGUAAAUAAAACAAUAAACAACUUUGGAUCAUUUGUAUAUUGUCAAGAAUUGUCAAGAUGACAUCUGAUCUGUUCUGUUUUUGCUGGUGAUUACCUCACAACUUAUUUUAUUAAUUAUUAAUCAAUUUGAAUUGUUUGGGAAGGGGUGAGGGUAGAAGGGCACAUACAUCAAAUAUCAGAUUCUCAGUCAAAGUUAGUAGUCAAGAUAGAUACCCAAAUUGAAUACCUAGAACUUGGACGAUGAUCACAGACAACAUUCCAUAGAAUUAUGGAAGGAAUCAGUUGUGGCCAGUUCACAUUUUAUAAUGAGUUUGAUUCUGCCAAUUUAGGCAAAAUAGAGUAUGUUCCUCAAACAGAAUCAGUGCUCAUUAAACACUCGAAUAAAUGUCUUAUCCAAGAGUUAUUCGAUGCUGAAUUCAAUAUCUGGACGAAGCCCGAUUGUUGUGGAACAGAAUUCGAAAAUGGUAACAGGACUUGGUUCUACUUUGGGGUUAAAGCUCCAUUUGCAUCACAACAUGUUAGGUUCAAUAUGGUAGAUCUCAACCGACAAGGCAAGAUGUAUAGUCAGGGCAUGGCUCCUGUCUACAGAAUAGUUCCAAGUAAACCAAAAUGGGAGCGUAUUACUGAUAAACCUGUAUAUAAUCUAGCCGAUGAUAUAUUCACACUAACUUUCAAAUUCCGAACACCAGAGAAUCCGGAUAGUGUAAUGUAUUUUGCGUUCACGUAUCCUUUUUCUUUCACUGAUUUGGAAAAAAUGUUGCUGAAUAUUGACUCCAAAUAUCUCAGUAUUACACCCACAACCGACGAUGAAAUUUACUAUGUGAAAGAAACAGUUUGUCGAACUAUAGAAGGAAGAUCAAUUGAUUUGCUCACCAUAUCUUCGCAUCAUGGUAUAACUAAGCAACGAGAAGAACGUCUGAAGAAUCUGUUCAUGGAUGAUGUGCCCCGCCCUUUCAAAUUUGUUGGAAAAAAAAUAAUUUUCGUUUCUGCGAGAGUUCAUCCAGGAGAAACCCCAUCUAGCUUUGUGUUCAAUGGUUUGCUGAGUCUUCUAUUGAAUCGUGAUGACUUAAUUGCCCAAAAUUUGAGGAAACUGUAUGUAUUUAAGAUGAUACCAUUUUUGAAUCCGGAUGGUGUUGCAAGAGGUCACUACAGAACUGAUAAUAGAGGAAUAAAUCUUAAUAGAGUUUAUCUGAAUCCCAAUCUAAAGGAGCAUCCUUCAGUGUAUGCUGCUAGAGCUCUGAUAAGGUAUCAUCAUUUUGGCUUUGAAAAAGAGGACAUCAUCCCAAAGUGUGAAAACUGUAAAACUCAAAGUGGUAACCAAACCGAUGCCAGUCUCACUGAAGAUGAAGAUAUCAAACAGAACGACUUGAUAAGUAGCAAAGUAUCCCGAAUAUCUCUGAAAGAGACAGAUUCUCCUCCUCCCUCAUGGUGUACCAAAUGGCAUAACUUUUGUAGAAACUGUGGUGCCAAAUUGAAACAUUCGAAGAGCAAAGAGGAAGUGAACUUUGAAAAAGUGAUUGUUGGUGCUCAUGGAGAUGAAAAUUCAAAUGAAUCGGGUCUUUUUAUGUAUCUUGAUCUACAUGGGCAUGCAUCUAAAAAAGGCAUCUUCAUGUACGGUAAUCAUUUUGAUGAUUUAGAAAGGAACGUCGAAUGUAUGUUGUUUCCAAAACUGAUGACUAUCAAUAAUCAUCACUUCCAUUUCAACUCUUGUAAUUUCACUGAAAGGAAUAUGUAUCUCAGGGAUAGAAGAGAUGGAAUGAGCCGAGCAGGUUCGGGAAGAGUGGCCGUUUUGUCGAUAACUGGUAUAAUAAAAAGUUAUACACUCGAAUGUAACUACAACACUGGAAGAAUCGUCAAUAUCCUACCUCCUACAAUCAAAGAACCUCAUGGGAAAAUGCAUUCUUUGCCUGUUCCUCCCAAGUAUACACCACAAAUAUUUGAGGACGUUGGAAGGUCCUUAGGUGCCUCUAUACUGGAUCUAACAAGUCAAAACCCAUGCUCUAGAGUACCAAACUCAGAAUUUCAUACUUUGUCUGGUCUCAGGGACUGGAUAAGGACUAUGUGUACUGAUUUCAGUUGUGAAAACCGUCCCAAAAUGAGAAUGAGGCAUGUCCCAGCUCGAAAUUCACAGGGUGAAACAACACGACGGAAUAAGAACUGCCCUGCAGCUCCCCAACAGCAGAUCUUGAAGAAAUCGAAAACCAGAAAUACUGUAUUAAAUCGAAAAGAGAAUCUGGCCCAGCCUAGCUGUUCCAAAUCUGGAAUGCGCCUGAAUAAAUGUUUCAAAGUCAAAUUACGAAAAGACCUUAAUUUGAAGGCAAAAAACGCUUCAACGGAGAAAUUCAAGUUGAUCAAUAAAGCCAACAAAAAAAAUUGCAUCCAAGGGACAUCGAAUAAAGAAAAAGUCGAUAUUCAGAUACCAGCAACCAAAGUCAAGAAACCGGUGGAUUCCGAUAGUUUACAUCUGCGGGAGAUAUGCUUUAUCAAAAACAACGAGGGAAAAGCGGUCAUAGCUAAAUAUGACAACAAAGAUUUUGAUGAUAGUUUAGUUGUGUCCUGGGAUAAAUCCUCUAAUAAACCUCAUUUAUUCACUCACAAAUCGAGGGUAUCUUCCGCACCUCCAUAUGUUUUAAAUAAACAUAUCUCUGAGCCGAGUACUAGUAAACAAGUAGUGCGAGUACAUAACUUUGUGAAAGGUAUUCCUUCGAAGACCAAAUUGAAGAAAAAUUUACGAAGAUUCGCAAGUUCUGCUGAUGUGCUGGGAAAGAUCGAUAAGAAAAAGAGAAAAUUUAAAUCAAAGUAGUUGAAAUGAGUGGAGCUGUAAUGAACAAUUGGAAUGUAUUAUUCAAAAUAUUCAGUUUCAAAAAUGUGUUUCCAACAGUUUAGCUCUUUUCACAAAAUUAAAGUACCUACAUUACGUUCUUUCUUCUUCAGAUAAUUAAUUUUUCAGGAAAAUACAACCUGAGGGCUGAAAACCCUCAUGGAUAUCAGUUCUGAAUUAUUUGUAGUAUCCAUAUGAAGCAUCAUACAAAAUAUUAACCAUUUCGAAACCGGAGGUGCCAUAUAUGAUUAUACUGUUUUCAUUGAAGAGUUCACCAUAAUUAACACCCAUAUACAAAUUGUCAGGAUUCAUAUAUUAUUGUCUGUGAACACCUAAUGCCGAUAAUGAGGAAAACUGGAAUAUAAUAGGAUAACAAAGUACAAUAAAUAAGGAUACAUUGCUGUUGGUCCCAUUUUACAAGUUUCCGUAUACCAAUGUUUCCUCAAAUGUUACAUCACUGAGGUUGAAAGCUGAUGAGUGAAUUUUCGACCAACACCGGAGUGUUUUGAAUUUUCAAUAUAUUGGAAAUAAUGUAUUACUGAUAACAGCUUCUUCAAAAUAUUUACCUCAUAGGAAAUGUGUAGUUUACUUACAGGUAGUGAUAUUUUUGUGAUUUGAGUACAAAUUAAUUUUUUUUUGUUAAUUUUGAUUUUUAUAAAAUGUUUCUCAAUAGAAAAUAUAUUAUAGUACACAUCUUCAA